GUGCGACAGUUGGAUCGCUUCGCCGGGUGUGUGCUUUGGUCGAUUUUAAAAUCUCCACAGUGUAAAAAGUGCAGCAAAUUGCGGUAGAGUUAGCAAAGUAAAAGUGUUAAAACGCAAGAAAAAAUUAGAUAUAAAACCGAAAAGUUGAAAUGGAGCACGAGGAUAAUGCGCAAUUGGACAACAUUUUGCAAAGUUCACAUAUGGAAAAUUUGCAAUUAGAUGGCGGUGACGGUGUGCGUGAAAAUUUGACUGUUGAUGAGAUAGGUGGUAAAUUUGAGGGGCAUGAAGGGCAGAAUGAUGAAGAGGAAUGGAAAUACAUUGAAGAAGGGAAGCAGAGCGAAAAGCAACAACAACAGAUGAAAGCCGGUAUGGACUUUAAAGAUUUAGAAGGUGUAGAAGAAGUUGGUAACGGGCAUGGAUAUGGAUACGAGCAUGGUGAUGUCGGUGCCGAUGAUAAUUUGCAAGACUAUCACGAAGUUGGUAACGGUGUCGUUGGCUCUUCAGCUGCAGUCGACGUAGACAUCGGCUCCGCCGCAACCGGUGUUGGCGAAAAUGAAAUUGACGAAGAAAUAAUAAAAAAUGAUGGUGAUUUUUCUACAACUUCGAACACGGCGUCUACAGCCGGUGAAGAUGUAGAUACGGGAGUGUUUCAAGUGGAAAUGCAAAUCGAGCAAGCACCAUUCGAACAACUUUUGCCAAAGCAAGAUGAAGAUAUUUUGGGUGUUGGUGCUAAUAGUGGAAUUACCCCUGAUGAGACUGAAGAAGAUGACCCUAGCUCACUUGCCACAAACAAUACCAAUAGGACAAGUAGCUUAAGUGAAAAUAUUGCACAUGAAAUUCAGCAAUUAGGAGUAGAAGUCUCUCCCAACAGCCAAGAAUUAAAUCAAGAAAGCAAAACAAACGUGUCACUCUUACAAACUAAAAUAGAUUCUGGCCUUUCUGAAAAUUCAGAUUUUGAAUCUGAAACUCGCUCGCAAUUAAACCCAAACGCUAUGGAAUUUGUACCCAGCUUUGGUUCUAAUCCUUCAUCACCUACUGUGCUUCCAAAUGAUAAUUCUGCUUUUGAAGUUGGCGAGCAUAGUUUAGGCAUUGGCACAGAAAUGUGCAAUCAACCACACCCAAAAACAAUGCCACGCCACUUGCUUGGCGAUGAUGAUUUCGUUGCUCAGAGCCCACGCAAAGGCAGUGGUGAAUCCAAUUUGGACGGUAUAGCUUUACCCGAAGAAAAUGAUUUUGAACACGAAGCAGCAAAACGACCACAUGAAUUGGAGCAAGAAGACGAUUUAAUUGGUGUAGGUACGUUGCAGCAAUUUCCACAACAGUCUCAAUUAAAUCAUGAACAUUUUGAAAAUCAUAAUAAUGAUGGCGUGCAUUUGAAUGAAACAGAAACAAGAACAGAAGAUUCGUUUGACAACUCACAAUCUCAUUUGAUCGACCACGGUCCGGAAACAUCUGUAGACCUAGAUAUCGACAUGGACUUACAAAUAGCUACUGCUAAAGAGUGUGAAAGUAAUCCUAAUCUUAUUGAAGAUGUACUGAAUACAGUUCAGCCUUUGCCAAGAGAUUCCGAAAGUUUGAAUGCUUCGUUUGUAGAGGAGUCAACACAGCAAAGCUUUGCUGCAGUCGAUAAAGAAUUGCUUGACAUCGAUGAGAAAGAGAACGUUUCUCACUCGCCGUCCACAGAAGAGGUGCAUUUGAAUUUCCAGAAUGAACUGAAUUCUUCAGUAAAAGAUAUACCACAAAUACCGCGUGACAUGGAAAAUCUAGCACACAUGCAAGAAUCAAUUUACGUAGAAAGUACUUCUGCUGAUUCACAAAGUUUACAUGAAAACCCUUUUGAAUCACAUUUUGAUACACCAAAAUUACAAACAGAGGAAGAAAAUGUAAAAUCUCAGGAGCAAAAUCUUUACGUCAAGGAUACGUUUGGAGCGGAAUCCGAUGUUGGCUUAGGCUCCUCUCCAACUUUGAACGCAUUCGCUGCACAAUUUACACCAACACCAAAGCCUUUCGGCGCUGAUGCCAUUUCACCGUCUCCAAUUUCAACUGAAGAGAAACAUAUGAUCGAAGAAACCAAAGAACGGUUGAAGUUUGGCACAACUCUAGAGAAUCUUGAGCAAGAAAUGAAUGAUUUAUUAUUAUCCACAAGGGAUGAAGACCUUUCGCAGGUAGAGGACAUUGAUAAUGUGAAUCCAUUUAACGCUCCGGAAUCCGAACAACUCGCGUCUAAUGAACAAUUUCGAUUUGAAGAUCAGCCAAUUUCAGCUGAGUCUCAGGCAAAUGCUGACUUUUUGCAGCAAAACGAACCAAACUACCACAACGAACAAUUUGAACAACAGCUAUCUUCGCAAAGGGAGACUUCGGAGCCAGCUUAUGAUAAUGAAGAAAAAAAUUUGUUUUCGCUAAACUCUGAAUUGAAUGGAUUUGAGGAGAACAUACUAGUUGCGACAUCUGUGGCGAAUCAUGCUAUCAACUCCGCCGAACCAGAUAUAAUUGCAUUAUCUGGCGAGCCCAACCUGGUACCGACUUAUGCAGAUCAGAAUGAAGCAUCAGUUGUUGAACCUGGAUUUACAGCUGUUAUUGAAAAGGAGAUCAGCGCAUCGCCAGAGGCACAAGUUUCAGCAGUUUCCGAAUCAGAAAUUAUAGCUUUAUCAGAACAAAAAAUUGAAACUGUUCCAGAACCGGAUAAUACAGUUAUUCCACAAGCAGAUAUUUUAGCUUCGCCAGAGUUAGAGGUAGAAGCUGUGCCAGAACAAGAAACUAAAUCCGUUCUUGAAGCAGAGAUUGUUUCUCAAACAGAACCGGUUGUGGAUGUAUUUGAUACUAAGCCUUCAAAUAAUUUGGAAAUAAGCGGUGAGUUAGUGUCAAAUUUGUCCGCUGGAGGCGAUGAAUCCUUGUUGGCGCCUACUCCCUUAGAAACAACAGUUUUGGAGUCAAGUGUUGAUGAAGUCAAACCAUCUGAUAAGAAUGAGUCAGUUACUGCUGCCGUUGUUGCCGGUGCUGUCGGUGCUGUUGCUGCCACGGCAGCUGCUGCAACAGUUGCAGCUGCUUCUGGCAAGAAAACUGAUAAUAAACAGGCGCGUACUUCAACUUCACUAAAAUCAAAAAGUAUCGAUACCAAAAAGACUACAGAGACUACCAAGAAGCCGAUAGCCAAAACGUCUGCUUCGUCAGUAUCUGCUAGACCACGUACUGCUCCGACUAAGACAACGACUACGACUGAGAAGAAAACAUCAACCAAUACGGUUGGCACAAAACCAUCGACUACUGUUACUUCUACUACUACUCGCAAACCAUUAACCACCAAUACUGCAGCUCCUAGAACAGUUACCAAAACAGCAACUACAACCAGGCCAACGACGGCGCCAGCUUCGUCUAGAUUGACAGCCUCUCGUACAGCUGUUACCACAACUACUGCACGUCGUUUGACAACAGCAACUACAGGCGGUUCAACGACUACUUCCAAUGGCACAUCUACAGCUAAACCCAAAACAGCUAGUGGGGCUCCCACUAAACCGACUACUUUAGGCCUUUCGGCUACAAAUAAACCGAAAUUGUCAUCUCCUCGAACCACGUUGACUUCACAACUGCGUAAGUCGGCACCACCAAGCUCUGCCUCAGGAUUAGCUGCGGCUAAGAGCCCACUCAAGACUACGGCACCAACUACUAAUGGUGUUUCUAAAUCUUCGACAACCACAACGACUGCUAGUCGCGCUAAGAGCGCGGCUUCUACCACCUUAACUACUGUAACCACGACAACAAAGACUUUCACGGCACGUCCGGCCCCCAAGACUACGCAUUCAUCAACAUUAUCAUCGACUACAACACGUCGCACUGUUGGCAGCACAUCUAGUAGCACAACAGGAGCAAAGACCACAAGCAGCACUUUAAUAAAGAAAACAUCACCAGGUUCUACCAGACCCGCAACCACAGGCAAGCUCUCAUUGUCGCCUACUAAAACAACAAAUGUGGCUCUAAAGGCGAAACCCAGAGAUGUGACCAAAAAAACAGGAACUCCAUCGAAAUCGUCAAACGAAUCCAAACCGAAAGUAGUCGAAGAAGAGCUGAAGACGAAUGGCAUAUCUAAAGUGGGAGAAACUGAUGCAGCGGUUUCCUUAGAAAAUCAGAAACUGCAAUUGAACGGUGGAGGUGGCGGUGGAGACCAACAGGUUAUUGAAAAUGGCACGCGACAAUUAGAUCUAGAGAAUGGAGAGGGUCCCUUGACGGAACAAAUACAGGCAACUCUUCUCGACGCUUAAGAAGCAAAGGAAAAUAAGACCUCGAAUGUUUUUUUGAAAUACAGUAAGCAAAAUGAAGAAAUAUUAGAUAUCAAAAAAGGGAUCCUCAUAAUAAAAUGAUAAUUGUUUUUUUUUUUUUGUGACUGAAUCAAACUUGAAGCGACUACAUGCAGAGCACGAGGUGCUAGGAAGAAACUACUAAGUAUUGGGGUUAAGCAGCUGCGCAUAAUUGUAAUAACAUUAUUGUAACGCAGUUUGCUAAUUAUUUAAAAGCAAAAUAAGUGAAAUAACAGAAAAGUCGUUUGGAAGUGGGAAACAAUAUUUACUCGAACGAACUUUGAUAAGAAAUAUGAGAUUCAAUAACAGAUAGUAGUGUAAUACGUUCAUAGGCGAAUAACACAAGAUUGCAUAAUUCAAAUGAUCCCGGCGGGAAACAGCAGCGUGAAAUAUAAAUGUAAUAAAAAUGACGAUUCACAUACAUAUAUGCAAACAAAUAUACAAAAAAAAAAACUAAAUUGAUCAUAUUUUCAGCAAAAAUAUGUUAAUACCAACUUAAAUACAUAUAUCAUAUUCAUACAUAGUUGUCAUUUAUUUUCGUCAAUGUACGAUGCACUAUAUUUGUAUAUGAAACUACUGAUGCGAUUUGUGUGAGCAUUUUCUGCACAGUUUCAAAAAAGAAAAACGGAAGACAUGUUUAGCUUUGUGACGUUUCGUACAUUUUUUAUGUUUUCAAAUUUGAUAAUCGAUGUUUAAACUACAUUUUGCUAUUUUAAAACUCGGACAAAAGAUCGAUAUGUAAUUAUGGUGUUAUGUUUAUCGUUUUUUUUUUUUUGUUAUUGUUUCGUCAUUUAAAGCCUAAAUAUCUUUUUUUUUUGCUGUAGUUUCUUUUAGAGCGUCUAAUAUAAUAUGGAUUGCUAUUGAAAUGCUCGUCUUGUGUUUUUUCUUCAAUCUUUAUAAAAAAAAAUACACGUCAUUAUAUUAUUUGAUUUUGUGGUGGUAAAUGUUUGGGAAAGACGAAAAAACGAAAUAAAAAAUCAUAAAAUUUAUGAAAAAAGCUAACGAAACAAAAAAAUAUAUUUUUAUCACAUACACAUGUAAGCCAAUACAUUUGGCCAAUUAAGGAUUUACCGUGAAAUAAAAAAAAAAUUAAAAAACUUUAUAAAGAAAAACUAAAUGCAAAUCAGCAUUGUAAAAAAAAAAUAAUAAUAUAAUAAGUUUAUGCAUGAAAGCGGCAUACGAACAAGCAAAUACAUAUGAAGUGGAAAUAUCUUUUAGACAUGUACGUGAAAACCUAUUUAAUACUAGAUGGCAUGCGAAAAAAUUUUUAUUACUAAUCAUAUAUUAUAAUACGAUCGAUGCAUUUUUGAUAUAUUUUUGUACUUCAUUAUUCUGUUCCUGUAUACAAUAUGUGGGUUACGUAUGACGCAAGAAAACGACACAGUAUACUUAAAGUUAAAAAAAAAGAAAUAUUAUUAUUAUUUAUGAAACAAAGUGUGGCCUACCUAUGCUCAUACCCAGUGUAUUAUUAUUAUUACUCUUAAAAUAUUCUUUUAAAAUUCCUAUUGUUUUUUACUUUUGAUAAUGUUUCCUUUGUAUUAUUUUGUUUAAUUGUUUUUGUUUAAAAUGAAAAAUUGAAAUUCUCAGUUUAAAAGUCUGUCAAUACAUACGUAUACAUAUAUAUAUUAUAACAAUAUUCUCAACUACGAUAAUUUUUACGAUAUACUUGUACGAAAAAAAAAACUAAAUUAAAAAACUACAAAAAAAGAAUAAAAUCAA